AUGAAGGGUUUCAGUCUGCGCGCCAAUUCCGACAGCGAAGAGUGCAUCAAGAAGUACAUCGUGGCAGUACAGACGCAGUUUGACUACAAGAUCAAGUUCGUUCGCCACGAUGGUGCACGCGAAUCUGUGGCAAAUUCGCUCAAGGCAUUUUACGAUGAUCAACGAAUCGAGCAGCAAGUUACCGUUCCAUAUGCGCAUCAGACCAACGGCACGGCGGAACGGGCAAUUCGGACCAUUGUGACGAUCGGGCGCAGCAUGCUUUACUACGCCAAGCUGGACAAGUUUUUUUGA